GGUACCUAGCAACCCCUAAAGAGAUUGCUUAUAGCGCAGGUACCGAUAGCUGUUCUGUUCCCCAUUUCCUCCCCAAAUGAACAUUUUCUUCGACGACGACGACAGUGGCAAAGUUAUUUAGCAGAGUGGCAGUGACUUGUUCCCGUUUUGGAUUGCGUGUCAUCCACUGUCGAGUCGCAAUUCGAGGCCUUAGAAUAGGGCGAAAAUCGCACUCGCAUUCGAUCGAUCAACAUAUGACGCCGUUGUAGUUUAGCUUCGUUUAUAUUAUUUAUUUAUUUCCUUUUUCCCCCAUCGUUUCUAUUUUCUUACAUACUUGAACAUAUAAUUCUUCGUUGACGAAGCACCAUACACUCAUUAACCAACUAGUUACAUAGCUCACUAACUUACUAUACAUCGUCUAUACUUCUCUUCCCCAACCUCUAAACUCUCUCCUGACUCGCCAAAGCUACAUGUAGUCACGCACUUGCAAUAGCAGCUAUAACCCUGGAUACUUCGUUACCUUAUUAUUGGGGGGCUCGCACCGGUUGCCGUCUCCCUAUCGAUUAUCCGUUUCCGAAACCUUGAAGCCUUCCCUUUGGCCGUCGCGCGAAGAAUAUACACAAUGUCCUCCACCAACAUCGAGACGAAUGGUGGUCACGAUCAUAUCCUACGUCCGCGACCGCGGAAACUUCAACAUGCCCAAGUUGCCGAGCUUGUUAAAGAGAAUAGCGGUGUUUCUGCUAAUGCUAAUGCUAAUGGAAAUGGGAAUGGGAAUGGAAAUGGACACCUCGAGGCGCCCGUAGAGGACACUGGCUCGGGCAUGACAAGUGGCCGUUCGACACCUGUCCCCGAAAAUGCUCCCGCGUCGACAAAGGCUCUGUCUAGUGCACGGAAACAGGUUCGAGCGGAACAGCGACGGCGUAUCUUCCCAACCAUCGAGUUUGCCUCGCGCGUCUCUCACUUCGAUCCCGAAUCCGACUAUCGCGACUUUCAUGGCUUCUUCAACCUAUUCUGGAUUGGCCUGGCUAUCAUGGGAAUCACCACUAUGCUGCGCAACUAUAAGGAUACUGGAUACCCCUUGCGCGUCCAGAUAUGGAACCUUUUUGCCGUCAAGUUGUCCCAUCUAGCUGUCGCCGAUUUCUCUAUGGUUGCUAGUACCGCCGUUAGUUUGCCUCUGCAUAAACUAUUUAGGAGUAGCCAGGGACUAUUGAGGUGGAAGAAGGGUGGAAUGGCCAUCCAAAGCAUAUAUCAGGUUGUAUGGCUUGCAUUUUGGAUCGCUAUACCCUUCAUUCUCAAUUGGACUUGGACUUCCCAGGUAUUUUUCCUGCUACACACCAUGGUUCUGCUCAUGAAAAUGCAUUCCUAUGCCUUCUAUAAUGGCCAUCUUUCGGAAACGGAAAAGCGAUUGCGCGCUCUCGACGAGCCUCACAGCGCUUCGAAGGCCCCGGCAUACGUUUACCCUUCGGUUGAUAACCCAAUGGGCGAAUUAGUGCACGAGGAGAUGAAGGUUGAUAGCGAUGAUGAGAACGAGGGUCUAUCGCAGUUGCGCGAGGACUUGGCUCGCGAGUUGACGAGCCCCAUUGGCAACGUGACAUAUCCGCGGAACCUAUCGUGGCCGAAUUACGUCGACUACCUUCUCUGUCCGACGCUGUGCUACGAACUCGAGUACCCGCGCAAGGAAUCCAUCAACUGGACAUCACUUAUAGCCAAGAUAGUCGCCACCUUUGGCUGUAUAUUCCUAUUGACCAUCAUCUCGGAAGAGUUCAUCUUGCCUGUGCUGCAAGAAUCCACAGUCCGACUAGAAAACAGCUCAUCUGUAGCCGAGACGUUGCUCAUCCUCUCCGAGAACAUCUCGUGGCUUCUGUUCCCCUUUAUGUUGACUUUCCUGCUGGUGUUUCUCGUCAUCUUUGAGUAUAUCCUAGGUGCCUUUGCCGAGAUCACCAAGUUCGCGGACCGUCACUUCUAUAGCGACUGGUGGAACAGCACCGACUGGAUGGAGUUCAGCCGUGAGUGGAACGUGCCGGUGUACUCGUUCCUACGGCGCCAUGUAUACGCGACAUCGAAGCCCACCAUCGGCCGCAGCAACGCGACAGUCAUUACGUUCCUAAUCUCAGCCAUCGGUCACGAAAUCGUCAUGGCAUGCAUCACCAAGAAGCUUCGUGGUUACGGGUUUAUUUGCCAGAUGUUGCAGUUACCGAUUGUUAUACUGCAGCGAACGAAGUGGGUGCGCGCCCAUAAGACGGCGAAUAAUGUGCUUUUUUGGUGUAGUAUGAUCAUGGGCUUGAGCUUGAUAUGCUCACUCUACGUACUGGUUUGAUUAGAAUCAGCAGGUAGGCAAUGUAAGUAAAAAAGGGGAGAGAAACCCAAAGGUUAAAAAUAAGGGGGUGGAAUCUGUUGUAUAAAAUAUACUACAACAAGCAAUCAAGCACUUGAGCACACCGCCCAAAUCAUAUUACUAAAAUCAUACCAUCAUACCAUUAACUAGUUGAUUUCU